AUGGCUGCCGGCUCAAGGUUUGCUCGAGUCGAUGAAGAAGAAAUUAAUCAGCUUAUAGAUGAUGCAAUACCUAAAAGUACGAAAAGACAAACAAGCUGAUAGCAAUCUUCAGAGGUCAGUAAACCAAGCAAAAACAAAUAUUAUUCGCCAUUUUUCCGUUUGUAAACAAGUGCUCGAAAAGUCCAAUUUUUUGCUUCUUGCAUUCCUUGUCUUGUUUUGACAGCAUUUUAAAAUGUACUUAUCAUUCCUUUUCUUUUUCUGAAGAAUGGUUGCACUUGAGAUAUCCUUUCGAAGAGCUGGAAAAUUUAAGCAAAGAAAUACUAGCAGAACGACCAACAAAGUUUUAUCAAGAACUAAAACAAGACGACGGAAGAGAAUACAGCCGUUCAGCUCAUGUUGCUAUAAGAGCGGGAAUAAACCGAUAUUUAACUUCAGAAAGAGUAGGAAAAACUUUCAUCAAUCAUAAGUGA